CGAGUCCACUAGCCACGACGUUGUGAAUUCUCUCCUCUUAUCUUCAGAUACUCCCUCAAAAGACUCCGAUCUUUAUCACCUCUAUCUCCAAUGGCAUACCGCGAUUCUCUCGACUCGGACCACCUCCGACUACUCCGACCAGUCUCAUUGUCUCACGGCAAACUUCACUUUUCAGUCAUCACUGUGCGUCGCGCAGCGGUACAAUACCAUAACCCUUCCGAGAUAAUCUGCCUUGAUGGUCAACCUUUCCCAGUCAGACCAAAUCUAUGGUCUUGUCUGUAUUACUUGGGCCUUGCUUCACGGCAUACCGAGUGGGAGUACCUCUGGAUCGACGCGAUUUGCAUCAACCAAGCCAACGAUGCAGAGCGUAACUCACAAGUCCGCUGCAUGGAUCAGACAUAUAGGAGUGCUACCUGCGUCUCUGUUUGGCUCGGUUUGAUACCUCUACCAGAGGGACUACCCCGGAAUACUCUCGCUCCUAUCAAGACGCUAGAAAGCGAUGGAUUCGACUGGCGAGAAUCCAUGCUCGAGCUCGCGAGUCGCCCGUACUGGACCCGCUUCUGGGUUAUUCAGGAAUGCCUGCUCGGUUUAGAAGUCGAGCUCUAUUGCAGUGAUAACCGAAUAAGAUGGUUCGACUUCCAGCAUAUCCUAUGCACAGAGGCAGACGUUAACGAUAAGGCAGGGUCAUAUCCUGCUUUGCCACUCAUUAUGAGCCGUACGAUUGAUCGGUAUCCGGAACUAAUGCAACCGCUAUACGACCUCCUCGUCGCCCACCACCGUGCCGAAUGCAAGGAAACUAGAGAUAGGGUCUUCGCCUUGCUCGGACUUGUGAAGCCCGAGGAGCGACGUAUGCUUGGCCGAUUCUUUCCCGAUUACGCCAUGGCUGAAGAACACGUACUCAUCAUAACACUCGCGCACCUAACGCAAUAUCGCUUCGAGCUAGCCUACAGGGACCGCCAGCCGAUAACGCCUGAUUCGGAAGAAAUUUUCCUCGGACUCGGGGUAAAGUCGAAGACACGGAGGAGGGCGUUAUUACGUCGGGCGAAAUGGCUAGACUAUUGUGAUUGGGAUACACAAUUGCCGCAACUGCUCACCCUCCGAGACCAAGAAGAGCAAGACUUGGGCAGCGCGUACUUGGAGGAAGCUGAAGAAGAAACUGAAGUAUUUGAAGAUGCCAGUGUAAGGCCAGGUGGUGCGCAAGCUAUGAUUUUUUUGCUUUUCGCUCUAGCUGUCGCCGUGGUCUGGUAUGCGUUUCGCCUCUAACAAGCGGAUGGCUUUUGAACUUGUCGUGUAGAGGUUACUUGGGCACCAGCCUUGAAAAUUGUGUCAGGCGGCCAGCAAUUGGGCAUAUUGGUCUAUUGCCUACGAAGCGAGUGUGGUGUUGUUGUUACGUCUC